CUCCCUCUCUCUGUCUUUCAUCCAGAUGUCUCCCCUCCCUUGUUUUCCAAUUACAUGAGCUCCAUGAGAGCCGUCUUUCCCACACACUCCGAGUGGCUCGCGCUAGAGCUCCAUCUUCCAGUCCCUCUGUUCCCCUGAUUCUCAGAAGCUUUAGUGCCCUGCUCCGCUGUUGCUUCCCAGGCCUGAAAGGUUCACCUGCAACACUGAAGAGCUCUGAACUGAGAACGGAAUAACAGAUAUUGGUCUGAGGAGAAGGAUGCAGCGAUUCCGGGAAAGCAUUCACAUACGUACAAUGAAGGCAAAAAGGAAAGUGGAGGAGAUCUCCAAAGAGGACGUCCAUGCUUUCCUCAAGAAGAAUGCCUUUGUGCUCUUCACAGUCGGGGCAGUUAUUGUAGGUAUUGGUCUGGGAUUUGCCCUCCGCCCGUAUAAGAUGACCUAUCGAGAAGUGAAGUACUUCUCCUUCCCUGGAGAGCUGUUAAUGAGAAUGCUUCAGAUGCUUGUUCUCCCCUUACUGGUCUCCAGUCUAAUAACAGGAAUGGCAGCUUUGGACAGCAAAGCCUCAGGAAAGAUGGGCAUGAGGGCCGUGAUUUACUACAUGACCACGACCUUUAUCGCAGUCUUCAUUGGUAUCUUAAUUGUCCUCAUCAUCCACCCGGGAAAAGGAUCGAAAGCAGAGUUUGGAAAGCAGCAGAAAAUAGAACAAAUCAGUCCUGCUGAUGCCUUCUUAGAUCUGAUCAGAAAUAUGUUUCCACCAAACUUGGUCCAAGCCUGCACACAGCAGUUCAAAACCAAAUAUGGAAAGCGAGUAGUCCAUGUGACUGUGACAGUGAAUGACUCCUUCUUCAACUCGACCAAUGGCACCCUGGAGGUCAUGGAGAUCACCCGGGAGGAGGUGAUCCCAGUGCCAGGUCAGGUGAACGGGGUCAAUGCCCUCGGGCUGGUGGUCUUCUCCAUGUGCUUUGGUCUAAUAAUUGGCAACAUGAAGGAGCAGGGCCAGCUCCUGAGGGAUUUCUUCGACGGCCUCAAUGAAGCAAUCAUGCGUCUGGUUGCCAUCAUCAUGUGGUAUGCUCCUGUUGGUAUUCUGUUCCUGAUUGCAGGAAAAAUUGUGGAGAUGGAUGAUCUAACUGAGAUGGGUGGCCAAUUGGGCAUGUACACCAUCACAGUAAUCGUUGGCUUACUGAUCCAUGGAGUUAUUAUUCUUCCCACCCUUUAUUUUGCCAUCACGCGACAAAACCCCUUUGUCUUCAUCGCUGGGAUCCUGCAAGCUCUGAUCACUGCCCUGGGGACCUCCUCCAGCUCAGCCACCCUGCCUGUCACCUUUAAAUGUCUGGAGGAGAACAACAAAAUUGAUAAAAGAAUCACACGUUUCGUGCUGCCUGUGGGGGCCACCAUCAACAUGGACGGAACAGCUCUGUAUGAGGCCCUGGCAGCCAUCUUCAUUGCCCAGGUCAACAAUAUGGAGAUGAACUUUGGUCAGAUCAUCACCAUCAGUAUUACAGCAACUGCAGCCAGUAUUGGAGCUGCUGGCAUCCCUCAGGCAGGCCUGGUCACCAUGGUGAUUGUACUGACCUCCGUUGGACUUCCUACCGAUGACAUCACUCUAAUCAUUGCAGUUGAUUGGUUUCUGGACCGUCUGCGCACCACAACCAAUGUUUUGGGGGAUUCGAUCGGAGCCGGAAUUGUGGAGUUCCUCUCUCGUCAUGAGCUCCGCAGCAAAGACGUGGAGAUGGGAAACUCGGUGCUGGAGGAGAGGGAGAGGAAGAAACCCUACAAGCUCAUCUCCCAGGAUAGUGAUUUUGAAAACGACAAACGUGCUCACAGUGAAUCAAACAUGUAGUUUCAACCCACAACAUGUGUUAACAUACACAAACACUUACAGUUGGUUCUGUUGAGAGUAGGGACGUAAUUAUCAUGACGUGUCUUUCAUCCAAAACUACAACAAAGACAUCCUAUAUAUAUAUA